AAAGAAGAAGAAGAGACACGAGAAUCAAACGCUGUGUGUUUACAUCUGUUUUAUUUUCUCUUCGUUGUGAGACGAGAUGGAUGUGAUGUGCAGUAAAUCAGUAGAAACUGAUGAGGGUUUACAGGAUGAUGAAUCUACUGAUCAAAUUUCCACAGAGUCUCUGGAUUCUGUCUGUAACGCUGGAGAACAGCAGCAGAUCCUGCAGACCAAACUCAAGAUGUGUUCAAUUAAACUCAUCGACUUCAGGAACCUCAUGAUGAAAAUCAAAACGGAACCUACAGAAUUAAAAACUGAACCUACAGAAAUAAGAACCGAACAUACAGAAAUAAAAACUGAACCCACAGAAAAGGAAGAUCCGACUGAUGAAGAUGAUAAUGAGUUUAUUCCUUCAGAUGAGAAGAGUGAAUCAUGUUCUGAUGGAGAAACGUCCUCAACAACAGAAGAGCGACUGAUCGCACAAACUCUUUCCUGCAUCACCUGUGGAAAGACAUUCAGAUCACAGAGACGUUUAGAGAGACAUGAGAGAAAACACACAGAACAGAAACUCUUCACCAGAUCUGAGAUCAGCUUUACUACCUUACAAGAGAAGAAACUUCAUUCAGAAGAGCACACUGAGAAAAAGAAAAAACAACUUCAUUCAGAAGAGCACACAGAUAAGAAGAAGAAGAAACAACUUCAUUCAGAAGAGCACACAGAAAAGAAGAAGAAGAAACAACUUUGUUCAGAAGAGCACACAGAGAAGAAGAAGAAGAAACAACUUUGUUCAGAAGAGCACACAGAGAAGAAGAAGAAGAAACAACUUCAUUCAGAAGAGCACACAGAAAAGAAGAAGAAGAAACAACUUUGUUCAGAAGAGCACACAGAGAAGAAGAAGAAGAAACAACUUUGUUCAGAAGAGCACACAGAGAAGAAGAAGAAGAAACAACUUCAUUCAGAAGAGCACACAGAGAAGAAGAAGAAGAAACAACUUUGUUCAGAAGAGCACACAGAGAAGAAGAAGAAGAAACAACUUCAUUCAGAAGAGCACACAGAAAAGCCGUCAAAAUUCUUAUCUCAUCUAAAACGCCACACAAAGUCACGCGGUGAUGAAAAGCCUUUCUACUGCAGCACCAAACACAGUCUUGACGUUCAUCAGAGAGUUCACACUGGAGAGAAACCUCAUCACUGUAGUGUUUGUGGGAAGAGUUUCAGUCGACAUUACAGUUUAGUGUCACACCAGAGAACUCAUACAGGAGAAAAACCUUACAAAUGUUCUCAGUGUGAGAAGACUUUUACUCGGUUAUAUUCCCUAAAAGUUCAUGAGAGAGUUCACACUGGAGAGAAACCUUACGUCUGCUCUCAAUGUGGAAAGAGCUUCACUGAUUCAGGUUCAAUGAGAAUUCAUCAGAGAGUUCACACUGGAGAAAAACCUCAUCACUGUAGUGUUUGUGGGAAGAGUUUCAGUGUAUAUGGCAAUUUAGUAAAACACCAGACAAUUCAUACAGGUGAAAAACCUCACAAAUGCUCUCAGUGUGAGAAGACAUUUUCUCGGUUGUAUACCUUAAUAGUUCAUGAGAGAAGUCAUUCUGGAGAGAAACCUUAUGUCUGCUCUCAAUGUGGAAAGAGCUUCACUGAUCUAAGUACUUUCAAAGUUCAUCAGAGAAUUCACUCUGGAGAGAAACCUCAUCACUGUAAUGUUUGUGAAAAGAGUUUUAGUCGAUAUCAACAUUUAGUGUCACACCAGAGAACUCAUACAGGUGAAAAACCUUACAAAUGCUCUCAGUGUGAGAAGACGUUUGCUGAGUCCGGUACCUUAAAAACCCACGAGAGAGUUCACACUGGAGAGAAACCUUACGUCUGCACUCACUGUGGUAAGAGCUUCUCUGGUCCAUCUCAUUUGAAAGUUCAUCAGAGAAUUCACACCGGAGAAAAGCCUUAUUACUGUAAUGUUUGUGAGAAGAGUUUUAGACAACACGGCAGUUUAGUGUCACACCAGAAAACUCAUACAAGUUAAAGAGCACCUAUGGUCCGAUUCACAAUUUUACAUUUCCGUAAAAAGGGUUAAGGGGUUAAAAGGGUUAAAAAGAGCAUCUGAUAAAAGAGAUGCUCGCGUUUGCCAGAUACUCGCAUAAUCUCAUGCGUAAUCAGAGUUUACUGUUAAGGGAGUGUCUUGCGUGUAUUUUAUGAAGGCUAGUGUCAAAUUUUCCCCUCUCACACCCGACGAAUAAACAGUUGGACCAAUCACUGUAAAAAAUACACCACAUUUUUGUUAAAUCAACAUAUUAUUUUACUUAACAAAUUAAGUCAACUUUUCACAGGCCAAAACUUAAAAUAGUAGGUUGAAUUGACUUGCAAAAUCAAGUUGUUUUAACUUCUAGCUGCAUUUUGUGUGUGUUUGUGUGCCUGCUUUAUUGCUAUGAGCCAAGUUUAAAUUAUGCCGUAUUAUUUGCAGAAUAUGUAAUUUUGUUCACUGCUGUUUUUAUGAGAUGUUGACUAAUUUGCAUUUACAGUACAUUUUAUCUGUGUGAGUACAAGUUUUAUUUGUGUGGGGUUUUUUAGGAAAUCAAAGCCAAAUCUAAA